AUGAGUACCGCCCAACAGCCAUCAUUCCCAUCGUACAUUACGAUCCUGCACAAAAUACAAGUGCUUGAGGAGCAACGCAACCAUCCCCUUAAGCAGAGCAAGCUUGACGUACUGCACGCCAUGCUUGCACUUAGCAAACUAAAAAGCACGCACGAUGCGAUCAAAGUGAUCAAUGAUACGGCAUCAGAGUUGCAAGCUGUUUAUGAAAGGCUGUGUGGCAACUUGAAUGCACAGAUUGAUCGUGUUGUGGACGACGAAGUGGUUAAGAAAGUGCGAAGCAAUCCUAAGAUGAAGUACAGGAAACGAGCUGAAGAAUUGCUCAGGAAAAGGGCACAGGGCAGGAAGGUUGUACUUAACACGCGAAAGACGAGGACAAACAAAUUUAACAGAUAGUAUGGUUUAGCGGUAGGUUGUUGUUUAUGCACCAAUAAGUUUAGUAUGCAAAAUAAAAUUGAUUACGCGGAAUA